CUGACAGUGUGAUGUGAGUUGCGGUGCCGGGCGCAACCUUCGGUGAAUUCAGCGCCACAUCCCCACCUGAACAGGUGGUGCACAUGCGCCUCCUGAAAUAUUGCAGAUUUUGCACCAGGUCUAUUCUCCGUCAGUAUUUGAUACCCAUCACGGACACCAGUUCAGAAUUCAGUUGAACAAAAUGCCACCCCAAACGCAUGUGGUGGACGACGCGAAAGUCGAAGAACACGCAUACAUGUGGACACAGGACAAGAUGAUGGGUACCGAGAAGAAGCGUUACAAAUUCAAGAUGCAACGCAUCAUUUACUUGAUUUUCUUCCACUCUCUCACGCUGUAUUUUUUAAUAUUCAAGCCGACUGCUCCAAUGUGGCAAUCGCAUUUGUGGACAUUUUUUUACCUCUGCUUUAGUGGAUUCGGCAUUUCGGCCGGGAUCCACAGGUACUGGUCGCACAAGUCUUUCAAGGCACGCAUGCCGCUCAAAGUUCUUCUCGCGAUGUGCUUCGCUGCUGCUGGACAGGAAAAAAUUCUCAACUGGGUACGCGACCACCGAAUCCACCACAAAUUCAGCGAAACUGAGGCCGACCCGCACGACUCGCGCCGGGGCUUUAUUUUUGCCCACUUUGGAUGGCUGGUCGUGCAGAAAAACCCUCAGGUUUACGAAAAGGGCCGCAUCAUCGACAUGAGCGACAUCCUCAGCUGCCCCGUCGUCAGCUUUCACGACAGGCACUUUGAGUUUCUGCGUGCCAUUCUCUGCUUCGCGAUUCCGAUUGGGGUGCCGGUCUAUUUCUGGGAUGAAGACCUGUGGAUCUCGUUUCUCUACAACUGCUUCAGGUUCGCCUUCGUGCUCAACUGCACCUUCGCCAUCAACAGCUUCGCGCACAUGAGGGGAACACGGCCUUACGACAGGAAUUUCAUGCCAGUAGACAACAGCUACGUCACGUAUGUAACCAUGGGAGAGGGAAAUCACAAUUACCAUCACGCGUUUCCCUUCGACUACCGCUCCACCGAAAUGAUCUGCUUCAACCCCACGAAGUCUUUCAUCGAGUUUUUCCAAAAUCUUGGCUGGGCCUUUGACCUGAGAGUCGCUUCGGACGACAUGGUCAGAAAGAGGGUGUUGAGAACUGGCGACGGUUCGCACAAAUUCUGGGGAACGGUUGGCGGCGUGCCGGUCGCUGCAGAUGAAAAUUUGUCCGCAUAUUGAGAUUUUAAUUUAGAAAUUAAGGGAAAAGAGAUGUAUACAAUUUGAAUAUUGUUAAUUAAAUUUCUAUAUUUUAUUGGUGUAUGCAUAUAAUUUAAAAUGAAAGAAGUACGUGUGUUUAUGAAUUUUAAAUGGUAAAUUAAUAUAAUAAAGAUGUAAAAGCGGUAAAAAA